UUCUCUCGCCAGUAUCGAUCAGGAUUCGCAGCUGAUCAGCGCAGAUCGACCUUACAGCGCGACCAUCAAUAGCUCCGUUCGAUACAUGUAGUUACAAGCGAUUGUGCAUAAACAACGCGAGUUUUAAUAUAAUAUAAGUUAAAAAAAUGCCUUCACCCUCGGAGUCGCCUGUACCGCCGCCGCAGCAGCAGCAGCAGCAGCAGCUGCUACCGUCCUCCUGCCUGAACGGUGUGCCGCUGGAGGUCGAGCUCUCGAAGAACCACAAGCUCGCCGAGGCCGACGUGAUCUCGGUCAAGAGCUGGUCCGAGAGACGCUACGAUCUGCCCUCGCUCGGCGAGUCCGACGCGGCUCUGUUUCUUCACGCCCGCAACUACGACUGCGAGAGGGCCAAGCUGCUGCUGGAGAACUUCUUCGGCAUGAGGCGGCGGCUGGGCUGCUUCUUCGGCCAGAGGGAUCCGGACUCGUCGCAGCUCAGAACCUUAUUCAACACCCUUUAUAUCGGAGCGCGAAUUCAGGACCGUGUACCCGUUGGAAAAGAAGAGCCAUCGGGGCCGCACCGUCGUGCUGGCUCGUCUGCUCGACACCGAUCCCCAUCGCUACGACUUCCUGAUCGCCACCAAGUACCUGUCGAUGGUGCUGGACGCGCUGAUCCACGAGAACGGCUGCGAUCCGGGCGGCUACAUAUUCCUCUUCGAUCUGAGCAACGUCACGCAGCUGCACAGGAACGAGCUCUCGGUGUCGCGGCUACGCAACUUCUUCGCCUACUUCAGGGACUGCUGUCCGGCCAGGUGGCACGGGCUGCACUAUCUCGAUCUCAAGCCCGGCGAGGACAAUCUCUGCAGGAGGAGCAAGAGGCAGUUCGCCGAGGAGCUGUCGAUCGAGACGCACUUUCACGAGUUGUUUCACUUGCACCCGACGAUCGACAGCAUCGCCAGGAUCAUCCCUCUGGACGCUCUACCGGCCGAGCUGCAGGGCACGAGCGCGCACAGCCUCGCCGAGAGCCAUCGGCGCCAGGUGCAGAAGCUCGUCGGCUAUCGCGACUGGUUCCUCCACAUGGACCAGACCUUCUUCUUCUAUCCUUAUCGCGGUCACGAGCUCUACGUCGAGCCCAUGGACACGGACAAUCCCGAGUACUAUCAGAAACUCGAGCAGGCGAAGCUGAUCGCGUUGCAGGGUGCGCUGGACAGCGACGACGUAGCGACCAACGGCCACGGCGAAUGAUUUGUAUUACGUAGUGGCAUAGUUCGCGGUGGUAUUUUUCCUACCAAUACACAAGUUGAAAAUUCCUACACGUGCCGAUGAGUACGGCACAGUGUUUACGUUGAUAGUAGCGGCAGCUAAAUCGUGCGAUAUAUGUGAUAUAUCCGGCGUAAAUAAGAGGUGUGUUUGUUGUAUUACCCGAUAUCGAUCGGCAUCAAUAAAGGAUUAGGAUUAAAAUGAAA